AUGAGACCAUCCGCAGCCGCCCUCCCCCUCCUGGCCGGCGCCGGCGCCGCCUCGGCCAACCCGCUCGUGGCCGGGCGGCAGCAGUCCUGCCCGGGCGUGCACGUGUUCGGGGCGCGCGAGACGACGGUGCCGCAAGGGUACGGCACGUCGCAGGGGCUCGUCAACAUGGUGCUGCAGGCGUACCCGGGCAGCACCUCGGCCGCCAUCGUGUACCCGGCCUGCGGCGGCCAGUCCUCGUGCGGCGGCGCCAGCUACGACAGCUCCGCCGCCCAGGGCACCCAGGCCGUCGUCAAGGCCGUCACCGACUUUAACGCCCGCUGCCCGAGCACCAAGAUUGUGCUCGUGGGGUACUCGCAGGGCGGCCAGAUCAUGGACAACGCCCUCUGCGGCGGAUCUGGCUCCACACUGACCGGCAAGGCCCUCGAGGCCGUCAAGGCCGCCAUCUUCAUGGGCGACCCUCACAACAUCGCCGGCCUCCCCUACAACGUCGGCACCUGCAAGGCCCAAGGGUUCGCCGCCCGCCCGAGGGGCUUCCAGUGCAAGCCCGCCAGCCCGUCCAUCAUCCAGUCAUACUGCGACAGCACAGACCCGUACUGCUGCACCGGAAACGACGCCAACUCGCACCAGCAAUACGUCAACAAAUAUGGCCGUCAGGCACUGGACUUUAUCAAGAAGCUGGUCAGCGCUGCGUAAGUGUCGAGCCUCCCAACACCAAUUGCCGAAUAUGUGAAAAAGGUACCGGAUACUGUGGUAGAUUGCAUGACCGAGCAAACCAUCGAGACUUGGCAGGUGAAUGUAUAUAAGAAUCAACGGGCUAUGUUGGCCAUUUGUAACUAUUCGUC